AUGCUUUCAACAGCAAAGCGUGUUGUCAAUAGAAUCAUUGGAAAUCCCGAACAGACAGUGACUACAAUCACCACUGAAACCUAUUUGAAGGGAAUCGUGAAAGAUCCAAGGCAUGGGGCGGUGAAAUACUUGAUCAGUCUGUUUCCAAUCUUUGGAUGGAUCACCCGAUACAAUUUGGGAUGGCUUACUGGUGACCUUAUUGCUGGUCUUACCGUAGGAAUGGUGCUAGUCCCACAGGGCAUGUCAUAUGCAAUACUUGCCUCGCUUCCUGCGCAGUACGGUCUGUAUUCAUCCUUCGUUGGCGUCCUUGUAUAUUGCUUCUUUGCGACUUCGAAAGAUGUUUCUAUCGGACCAGUGGCAGUUAUGUCGCAAACCGUGGCUCAAAUCAUCAUUGCUGUAGAUGCACAGUACCCUGGUAAAUGGGCUGGCCCACUGAUAGCCACCACGUUGGCCUUUGUUUGUGGAUUUAUCGUACUCGGGAUUGGCCUCUUGCGCAUCGGCUGGAUCGUCGAGUUCAUACCCGUACCAGCAGUCAGCGGGUAUAUGACUGGAUCUGCGAUAAAUAUAGUUGCAGGUCAGGUUCCUGCCCUCAUGGGCAUUACCGGGUUCAGUACUCGAGCUGCCACGUACGAAGUUAUCAUCAAUACUCUCAAGGGACUUCCCGGUACGAAACUAGAUGCCGCCUGGGGUCUCACAGGCCUUUUUUCGCUCUACGCAAUUCGCAUCAUGUGUGAUCACUUAUCCAAACGGUACCCCAGACGAGCCCGACUUUUCUUUUUCAUCUCAGUUGCAAGAAAUGCUUUUGUGGUGAUAGUGUUGACCUUAGCUUCUUGGCUGUACUGCCGACACCGUAAAACCGCCUCCGGUAAAUAUCCGAUUGCCAUCUUGGAAACUGUUCCCGCAGGAUUUCAAAACGUGGGAGCCCCUGUCAUCGAUAGCGAGCUCGUCAAAGCCCUCGGGCCACAGAUCCCUGUCGCCACCAUAAUUCUCCUUCUUGAGCACAUCGCCAUUGCCAGAUCAUUUGGACGGGUCAAUGGAUACAAGAUCAAUCCCAACCAGGAGCUCAUCGCCAUAGGCGUCACGAACACGCUCGGCACUAUAUUCCAUGCGUAUCCCGCUACAGGAUCGUUCUCCCGCUCUGCCUUGAAGUCGAAGUCGGGUGUGCGGACUCCUCUGGCUGGUAUUUUCACUGCGAUGGUUGUCAUCGUUGCUCUCUAUGGCCUUACCCCAGCCUUUUACUGGAUCCCUAGCGCUGGUCUUUCGGCCGUUAUCAUCCACGCGGUCGCUGAUCUUGUCGCGUCACCUUCCCAAGCAUUCUCUUACUGGCGCGUUUCCCCCCUUGAGUUUCUUAUUUGGUUGGCUGCAGUCCUGGUCACCAUCUUUUCGUCUAUUGAGAACGGCAUCUACACCUCCAUCUCGGCAUCGUUUGCCUUACUUCUGGUUCGCGUCGCACACCCCAGGGGAUAUUUCCUUGGGAAGGUUACCCUGACACGCAACUCAACUGAAUCACGAGAAGUCUUCGUUCCGUUGCGCAAGGAUGACGUAACAAACCAAUAUGUCAAGGUUGACCCUCCUACUCCGGGUGUGAUCGUUUACCGCUUCGAAGAAAGUUACCUAUACCCCAACUGCGCCAUCAUUAAUUCCGUCAUUAUGGCCGAUCGUCCCUGGAACGAUCCCGGACCAACUCGUGGCAACUCCCUGAGUGCAGAGGCAGCCAACAAUGAAAAACCUGCUCUUCAUGCGAUUGUGCUAGACUUCUCUGGAGUAUCUCAAAUUGACACCACAUCUGUCCAAGCUCUCGUAGACACGCGGAACGAAGUCCAGAAAUGGGCAGACCGUCCUGUAGAGUUCCAUUUUGCUACUAUUUUAUCACCCUGGAUCCGGCGUGCUCUGGUAGCCGCAGGUUUCGGCAUCGGUACCCCAGCAGUCGAGCUUCUAACGAAACUGCAUCUAUUCGUAGGCGUCGAAGACAUCGAGGCCCACAGCGAGUCUGUCCCUCCUACUUCGGGAACAGUGCCCAUUGUCCCCGUUGAAACCCCCUUCUUCCAUUUCGAUCUCACUAGUGCUGUCCGCGCCGCGGAGGCUGGUGUGGAGAAACUUCACGAGAGAGCUGAAACUCCACCGGCGAAAUAUAUCUGA